GACGGGAUCUGUGAGAAACGAUGACAGAAGAUGGAAGCGCCAGCGGGUUCUGUGUGUGGACAGUUUUGGGGGAGGAAACGAAUGGGUGGUCUGUCUCUCCUCGACACAGCCGAAGAGCAACUAGCCUAUGAUCUUACAGAGGCACGCCUGAACACCCCCUCUCCCCCUCCCACUAUGGCUGACUCCAUGGAUAUAGAUGACUCUCUUUACAGUCGGCAGCGGUAUGUGCUGGGGGACAGUGCUAUGCAGCAGAUGGCCCAGUCCACUGUGUUUCUCAGUGGAAUGGGAGCUCUUGGAGUGGAAAUAGCAAAAAACAUUGUUCUGGCAGGAGUGAAGGCUGUCACUCUUCAUGACUGUAAGAGAAGUGAAGUUUGGGAUCUUGGCACCAACUUCUUCAUCAGAGAGGAGGAUGUGCAUAGCCAGAAGAAGAGGGUGGAGGCUGUCCAUUCUCGAGUGGCUGAGUUAAACCCAUAUGUUCAGGUCAGUGUGUCCACUGAUGUCCUGGAUGAUAGCACUGACCUCAGCUUCCUAAAGAGAUAUCAGUGUGUAGUGUUAACAGAAACAAAGCUGAGUUUACAGAAACGAAUCAACCAUUUCUGCCACUCUCAACAGCCCCCUAUUAAGUUCAUUGGCUGUGAUUUGUUUGGGAUCUGCUCGCGAGUAUUCUGUGAUUUUGGGGAGGCGUUUGAGGUGUCAGACCCUACGGGAGAAGAACCAAAAGAGCUCUUCAUCCAAAACAUCAGUCAGGGGAAUCCUGGUGUAGUGAUGUGUAUGGACAGCCGAACACAUGGCCUCCAGACAGGGCAGAGUGUGUGUUUUAAAGAGAUCAAUGGCAUGAUUGAACUCAACGGUACCACUCACCAAGUUACAGUUCUGUCUCCAUACAGUUUUGCAAUUGGUGAUACCUCAUCAUUCAAGCCAUUUGCUCAUGGAGGAAUUUUCCGCCUGGUCAAAACCCCCAAAACCUUCAACUUUGAGAUGAUGGAGCAGCAGUUAUGUGACCCUCAACUUCUUACUCCAGACUUUAGUAAACCAGAGGUCCCUCUGCAGCUCCAUACAAUCAUGCUAGCUUUGGAUGCUUUCCUGGAACAGCAUGCUAGACUCCCUAACAUCGGUUGUUUGCAAGAUGCUGAGCUGCUCCUGCAGUUCACAGAGGAGAUCAGCAGAACACUUAAAAACAAAGUUUGCAUAAAUCAGGAGCUGGUGAGGUGUGUGUCGCGCUGUGCGAGGGGAUGUCUCUCUCCUCUAGCCGCAGCGGUGGGUGGUAUCGCUAGUCAGGAGGUUUUAAAGGCUCUCACUGGAAAGUUUUCCCCUCUUCAACAGUGGUUUUAUCUCGACGCGACAGAGGUGGUUCAGCCCCUUCAGUGUCUUCCUGCUGAAGAAUUUGCCCCAAGGGGUGACCGGUACGAUGCGUUGAGGGCUUGCAUAGGAGAGUCAAUGUGUUUGAAACUGCACAAGUUUCGGGUUUUUAUGGUGGGCUGUGGUGCUAUUGGCUGUGAGAUGCUAAAGAAUUUGGCACUAAUGGGUGUCGGAUUGAGCAGAUUCUCAGGAGAGACAUGCAUUACUGAUCCAGAUUUGAUUGAGAAAUCCAACCUCAAUAGACAGUUUCUUUUCAGACCUCAGCAUAUACAGAGGCCAAAGAGCACUACAGCUGCAGCAGCUACAUUAGAAAUAAACCCAGAGAUGCAAAUAGAUGCUCAUCUGAAUAAAGUGUGUCCUGCUACAGAGGAUGUGUAUAGUGAUGCUUUCUUCUCCCAUCUUAACCUGGUGGUCACAGCACUGGACAACGUGGAGGCACGGAGAUAUGUGGAUAGUCGGAGUGUAUCCAAUCAGAAAGCUCUGUUAGACUCUGGUACCAUGGGUACAAAAGGACACACUGAGAUCAUCAUCCCAUACCUCACCGAGUCCUACAACAGCCAUAGAGACCCACCGGAGGAGGAGAUUCCGUUUUGCACUCUAAAAUCUUUUCCUGCUGUUAUUGAACACACCAUACAGUGGGCCAGAGACAAGUUUGAGAGCGCUUUCUCCCACAAACCCUCCAUGUACAACAUGUUCUGGCAGAGUCAUUCAUCAGCUCAGGAUGUGUUACAGAAGAUGAUGGCCGGGGAGAGUAUGGAAGGAUCGUUUCAGGUGAUUAAGUUGCUGAGUCGGAGACCCACUCAUCUGGAUCACUGUCUAGCUCUCGCUCAACUCAAGUUUGACAAGUACUUCAAAAGAAAGGCAUUACAACUACUGCACUCAUUUCCACUGUACACGCGGCUAAAAGACGGCAGCCUGUUCUGGCAGUCUCCCAAACGGCCGCCUUCUCCCAUAGAGUUUGACCUCAGUGACCCACUGCAUUUCAGUUUCGUUGUCAGCGCAGCUCGCCUUUUCGCUGACAUUUACAAUAUCUCAUAUUCAGAAGAGAAACUUACCUACGAGGCUGUUUCAAGUGUUUUAGCUGAAUUGAGGGUUCCUGAAUACAGACCAGCUGAAAAGCAUAUAGAGACCGAUGAGACUGUUAAGAAGCCUGAUCAGUUGAAAAUGACAGUGAGCAGUGAAGAGGAGAGAGAAGCAAUCUCACAGCUACAGGAGGCCAUCAACUCUAACUUUGUAACACCAGAGAGGCUACACAUGAGUCCACUUUUCUUUGAAAAGGAUGAUGACACAAACGGACACAUGGAUUUCGUAGCAUCGGCGUCAGCUCUGCGAGCUCAAAUGUACGCCAUUGAGGCCGCAGACAGACUGCAAACCAAACGAAUUGCGGGUAAAAUCAUCCCUGCUAUCGCCACAUCUACAGCUGCUGUUGCAGGACUGGUGUCAUUGGAGUUGAUUAAAGUGGCUGGUGGUUAUGGAUUUGAGUUAUUUAAAAACUGUUUCUUCAACCUGGCCAUUCCAGUCAUGGUGCUCACAGAAACAGCUCAGGUCAAGAGAACCCAGAUCAGAGAUGACAUCUCCUUUUCUAUCUGGGACCGUUGGACUAUCUUUGGUCACGAGGACUUCACCUUGUCUGAUUUCAUGAGCGCAGUAAGGGAGGACUAUGGAAUUGAGCCCAUCAUGGUUGUUCACGGAGUGAAAAUGCUGUAUGUGCCGGUUAUGCCAGGUCAUAACAAGAGACUCAAGCUGACAAUGCAUAAACUGAUUAAACCCUCAGCAGGCAGAAAGUAUGUUGAUCUUACCGUAUCAUUUGCCCCCGAGGUGGAUGGCGACGAAGACCUGCCCGGUCCCCCAGUGCGCUAUUACUUCAGUCGAGACAGCAAGAGCGGAGAGAAGGCCUGAUGUACACACUCACUCUCUCUCCCCUUUCUUGCCCUGUGGACCACAAGUGGAGUAGCACUUGAUUUGACUCAUUGUACAUAGUGAAUUUUUGUUUUCUACUGGUUUAUUAUUUUAUUGCACAGCAUUGUCUGUGCAGAUGCCUUAAGAUAAUUAUAUUGUGCUUCAAUGUGACUAUAAUAAUGAUUAGAAUAUUAAUACUCAAAGUAAAACAAAAAGAAAGUGUUUACAUGACUUCCCCAGGGCUUAUUAUUGUCUGUUAGUCUCUUAAACUGGGAGAGGACUAGGUAAAAGUCAAUAGAGGGCUUGUAAGAGAUGAACAUUGCUCACAAAUCGGCAGUUAUCUAUUUGCACACGUUUUGGAAGGAUAUUGCAGAAAAGUUGUCACUGUAAGCAACACAAACGGCAAAGAUUUUGCAUCUGGUUUAAAAUGUUUAUCAUCGGCAUUCAGCGAGUCAUCACAUUUCUCUGAAUGCGGCUGUCAGGUCCUUUAUGAUCUUAGCUUUCAUUAAAGAAAAUUGCAUUUUAAAAUGGCAGUUCAAAAUGCAUUCUUGGUAGUGACACUAGGGGGCACUAUAGUUAACAGUAUCCUUCUACCCAUCUGCUACUAUUAACUGCUUGAUGUGCUGAGAUUCAUGAGUGAAGAGGUUUAAAGGAUGAGACAGUGAUAUAGGCAUAAUCCCAUACAUGAAGGUAUAUUCAUAUCACUAAGUCUAACCUGCAUGCUGACAUCGAAACCAGGCUUUUCACAAGUUCCUUGCUGCAUUUUGCAGUCUUGCUGAUGUCAUUGACUCAUCCUAAAGUGGCCUUUAGGCAACUGGCUGUUGGUAAGCACAUAUUUGAUUAGCAGUAGUGAUCAGAAGUUACAUACACACACAACCUGAUGUAAUACUAAGCUUUGUGCUUACAGUGGACGUGUUGGAAUGCACACUGAGCCGGAAAAACGCAGAAAAGGUUUCUAGUUUGAUCCCUUUAAAAUGGUAAAGAUUCCCUCUCAUGAUGUCAAGCAUUUACAGUUUAUAGGAAAAUUAUAUCUGAUGAUAUCUAAAUGAGCUAAACCAAUGAUUGGAAAAUAUGAUGUCGUUGUGACUACAGUAUUCAACAGAAAGUCUAAUAAAAACUUUUAAGUUAGAAUUCAUUUA